AGUAUGGGAUACGGAUACUGUUGCUUUGCCACCGCGAGCUCUUCUAGAUAUAAAAGCAAAGGUAACCAAAGGAUGUCUGCUUAUUCAGUUUGGUUGAGUUCUGUGAUAACGUUCGCGGCCUUUUUAUACGCGGAAUAAAUAAUCGAGUGACAGUGAAUUAUACUUAAAAUGAUCAAAUCUUUCCCGUUCUGAAAUUAGCAUAGUGGUGAAGACACACAGCCCACCAACAGAAGAACUGGACUUAAUUUCCCAUCGCAGAUUUUUGUUGCAAUAGGUCAUAAGAAUGUGGAAAUCUAAGCAUUUUCAGGCUAAGCCGCAUCCCUUUUACACUGGUCUCAUUUUAAUCACCUUCUCCUCCGUGGUCUUACAUAAUGUUAUUGCGAAGCCCACAAAUCAAUCCUACGAUUCUAUCGAAAACUAUACAGGCGUAAAACAUUUACAAAAAAGAACUGCCUUUUUUGUUGGAAGUCGGUAUGGCCGCUCUAGUGGCAACUCGGAGUCUGGAACCCCAGCCAAUGUGGGAAGCUCCAAAACAAGACGGCUCAUAAUCGUCCCUCGGAACGACCGAUUCUUUUUAGGCUCUAGAUAUGGAAAGAGAAAUGGACCACUUUUAUCUGCCUACGAGCAGAGUAGCCUGAUGCAAGCCUUAAGCAAAAACUUGAAGACGGACAAGGAGACCUCCAACAAUACUAUCCAAACUAAAUCGUUACCUAUGUCUUGCAUAUACACUGGCAUUAAAUCCUACUACCUUUGCAAUCGUAAUGACCAGAAGACGGACGAUAAUCCUCAAUCACUGAAUAUGAUCGGAAUCCACUAAAGUUAUUGACGUAAGGUUCCCGGCUUGUAGUGGCAUACUGCUCUCUGGCACUGAAUAAUAAAACCGAAUGAUAUUAAAACUUUUAAUUGGGGCUGGAAAAAGUUUUAAUAUUAAAGAAGGU